UACGCGUUUCCGGCAUACUUUGCGAGCAGCUACAGGCGACGUGUGAAUAGGGUGGUCCCAAACGGGGAAGUAAAUUGUCUUUUUGUAGGCAGUGCGUUAGACCGUUUAUUGAAUUAGCUUUUACAACGUCGAUCGGUCGCCGUAUUAUCAGCUUUAUAAUUUUAAGCCGUUUCGUGGUCGGACAACGCGUUAGGAUUGUAAAAUUGCUAGUCGUCAAAACGUCCAGACCCCCCUAUCCGUGGGUUAGUGUUCACGUCGAGGUCCAGCUGAUCGCUUUGAGUCCCGUGAGGACGCUGGAUGAUCAAUUACUACAAACUGAUUCGUUUUUAGGACAAACCCAAGUUGCUGGUCUUGGUACUAAGGCGCAACUAUUACCUUUUUUUUUUCUUGUUUUCUGUCCAGUUGUGAAGUGAGACCCUGAGGAUAUUUUUGGGCUUAACUUGACUGUUAAAUAGCCACUGAACGACAAGGCCCCGGACUCAUCCCCAAGCCGACUCGCGUAUCAAUAUCGUUUUUUUGAAGUCAUGGGAGAUACAAGUGAACGCAGCAAACCUCCUGGUUUACCACCCCGCUGCCCGUGUGGAUUCUGGGGGUCGAGUAAAACAAUGAACAUGUGCUCCAAAUGUUUUGCUGAUAUUCAGAAAAAGCAGCCAGAGGAGGACUGCACUCCUCAGCCCAUCCCAAGCUCGGGGAGUAGCCAAUCACCUGUCUUCAGUAGCGAGACGAGCAGUAGCAGUAGCCAAUCCCUGUUGUCGAGCCUGCCCUCCAGCUCCGAGCAACUGUCAACCGAAGAAUCCUCGUCCACAUGCCCUGCCGCCAGGGAAGGACCAUCCAGCACAGAAACAGCCCAGGGCACCCUCUGCACACCCACAAAACGUCCUCGGGAAUCAGCGUCGGGCAGCGAGAGCGAGGCCACCCCGGAGAAGCGGCCCCGGACCGAGGGGAAGGAGGACGCCGGGGAGGAGCCCCCCCGCGGGGGCCCCAAGCAGAAGAACCGCCGGCGCUGCUACAGCUGUCAAACCAAACUAGAGCUGGUGCAGCAGGAACUGGGCUCCUGUCGCUGUGGCUACGUCUUCUGCAUGCUGCACCGCCUGCCCGAGCAGCACAACUGCCUGUUUGACCACCUGGGGCGCGGCCGCGAGGAGGCGGUCCUCAAGAUGGUGAAGCUGGACCGCAAGGUGGGCCGCUCGUGCCAACGCAUCGGAGAGGAGUGCUCCUGAUUGGCCACGCCGGUGACCCAGCCAUCCAAUCGGAGUGUACGGCGCUUAGUAGAGGGAGGAGGAGGAAGAGGAGGAGGACUA